CUUUUUAUUGGCCAGAGAGCCUCACUGCAAAAGAGACUUCACAAACUCGUCACCCCCUCUCUCUCUCUCUCUCUCUUCUAUCUCUUCUUUCUCUCUCUUCUUCUUCUACUUCUUCUCUCUAUUAGUGCAUGGACAGGAAGGAGAUGAGAAUUGUUGACACAGGAGAGUUUUACAGGCCAAAUUCAGGUGUUUUGCUGCCGAUUAGAGUCAAUUCAGAUGACAUGGAUCUGAGUAACAAGGAAGAGAGAGGAUCGAUCGAGGAGAUUAAUUUCUUCUCCAAUCGAACGAGUUUUAGGCAAGCUGAGAAGGCUGGAGAGGUGCCGGAAUCAAGUGGACGGAACCCCAAUCUUGAAUCGGACAGAGAAGGAUCGAAGCUGAUUGAUUUGAAUGCUGGCUUGCAUCUUAUGGCAAAUUCAGAAAAUGGACAAUCGCUAACCAAUCGGUGGUCCACACUAGAUCAAAACAACAGGAAUGAGAUGGCAGAGCUUCAAGCUGAAUUGAACCGCCUGAACAAUGAAAACCAGCAAUUGAGAGGUGAGCUCGAUCGGAUGGUGAAAAACUACAGUGCCUUGCACAUGCAAUUCGUUUCAGCCAUGGAACAAAAAAAUCAGCAAGCUUCAAACAAAAAAGAAAUGAUUGACGAUAAAAAUGGCGUGAGGAGCCCGGAAUCAAUACAAGAAGGCAAUAAAAUAGUGGAGCAGCAAUUCUUAGAUCUCCACCCAUCAAUUGAAGAAACCACUCAAUCUGAGAACAAUGCCGAAGAGGUGGUUUCAUCUAAGAAAAGGAAACCAGUGGAUGAGAGUCCUGAGAGAGAAAGAGCUUCUCAGACUUGGGAACCAUCAAUUAAUGGAAAUAACAAUAAUAAGAUGUUGAAGCAAGGAAUGAUGAAGGGAGUGGAGGAAACAAGUGCGAUGAAUCCUUGCAGGAAAGCUAGGGUUUCCGUUAGAGCAAGGUCCGAAGCGCCCAUGAUCAGUGAUGGGUGUCAAUGGCGGAAGUAUGGGCAAAAGAUGGCCAAAGGGAACCCAUGCCCACGAGCAUAUUACCGUUGCACCAUGGCCGUUGGAUGUCCCGUUCGCAAGCAGGUCCAAAGAUGUGCUGAGGACCGAACGAUCCUUGUGACGACAUACGAGGGUAACCACAACCACCCGCUUCCUCCCGCAGCCACUGCCAUGGCCUCAACUACCUCAGCUGCUGCAAGCAUGCUUCUAUCGGGGCCAACCACAAGCACAGACUCCCUCCAUAGCCCCCAGUUCUUCCCCUUUUUGCCAUGUCAAUCCUCAAUGGCAUCUCUAUCUGCAUCUGCUCCUUUCCCUACAGUUACCCUGGAUUUGACCCAAAAUCCUAAUCCCCUGCAAUUUGCCCGCCCCGCUCCCCUCUCAUCACCGUUUGCUUUGCCUCUACCAACGGGUCCUCAUAUCUACAAUCAGACAGCGUACGGUCCCCAAAAAUUGCCUAUAUUGCCCUCAGGACUAGCCCCGGUUCAGUUUGGAGUUCCUAAUCAACCAUCCUUGACAGACACAGUUAGUGCCGCAACAGCAGCUAUUACGGCAGACCCCAACUUCACAGCGGCCUUAGUCGCCGCUAUCACCUCCAUUAUGGGCACACCAAAGAACAACAAUGGCAACAACAACAACAACAACAGCACCAACAACAUCACCACCCCCAAUAACAACAACAACCACAGCAAUAUCAAUACAAAUACUAAUAAUACUUCAAUAAUUGGGAGACCCAGUUCACCACAACUCCCUCAGUCAUGCACAACUUUCUCUACAAACUAGUAAAGUUUGUUUUCUAUAAUGGUUGCUAGUUCUUCUUGUGAAGCAAAUUAUGUAAAUUAUUUUAAGGGAUGGGAGAGUUUUUUCUUCUUAUUUUAUUUUUUUUCCUGUUGUGUAGGCCUUUGUUAAGUGUACCAUUGUUUUUGUAUGGAUACAUACAUUAUCCACCAUUAGGGGGAUACUUUUGAGUGGAUCAUUUUUUUACUGGAUACACUUAGUAUCCUUCAUUUGCCUGUAGACGAUAAGAAAUAUUCCUUGGAUAAGAAUUAUGUGUUCUUCUUUAA